AACGUAAAACAAAACCUACUACUGAAUUAGACGAUACAAAUACCAUAAAAUAUUUACCCCCCGCAAACUGUAAAGGACUUUUAGAGAAAUUGCUGUUAAAAUUACUUCCAUUCGCUACUGAUGAUGAACGCAAAAAUACUGAGACACAACUUCGUGCAGAAUUAGAAGCAUUAGAAGCUCAAUUUAAUCAGAAUAAUGAUAACACGGGGAAGGUUACUAUUAUUACAGAGGAGGAGGAAUGCGAUUCAUUAAGUGCUGAAUUAUGGGGCUCAUUUACAACACCCAUUUCACAAGCUGUUACUGAAGAUGAACUAACACGGUAUUUGAAAGAACAAGUUGCACUUAAGA